AUGAUUAAGUUACCCUGCCCUCAGAGAGUGACAAAUAAGGAUCCAAAAGAGACAAACUUUGAGAAAUUCAUCACAAUGUUUACAAAGAUAGAGAGCAGUAUGCCUUUCUUCGAAGCACUCGAGCAAAUGCCCAUGUACAAAAAAUUCAUGAAAGAGGUAAUCUCUAAAAAGAGACCAAUAAAAGAUGGGUCGGUAGCCUUGAAUGAAAAGUGUAGUGCAAUAUCACCAGGUAGGAGAAUCCCAAACAAGCAUAAGGAUCACGUAGUUGUUACAAUCCCAUGCAUUAUAAAAGAAAAAACUUUCAAGAAGGUACUAAUUGAUUCAGGAUCCAGUGUGAGUCUGAUGCCAUUACCAAUCUAUCAAAGGCUUGGUAUUGGAAAUGUCAGUGAUACAAGGACAAAUAUGAAAUUUGCAGAUCACUCCAUAAAUAAGUCAUAUGGGAUAAUAGAGGACGUACUGGUGACAAUAGAGGAAUUUAGUUUUCUUGUUGGUUUUGUGAUCAUAGACAUACCUGAGGAUGAAGAGACACUUAUUAUUCUUGGUCGAGCAUUCAUGCGUACAAGUCGAUGCAAUUUCAACAUAGACCAGGGUACACUAACUUUACAAGUUUAUGAUGAUGAAAUAACCUUGAAUGAUAUUGAAAACAGAAAUCUAGAGGUAGAAAAAGAAAAUCACUAUCAAGUAGGCAUGAUUGGGACAUAUGUGAAAGGUCAAAGUAACAUGUCAACAUCAGAAAAAGUCUCAAGAAGGCCUUCUCAACUGAUACCACCUCCAUUAGCAAACCCGAAUGGAAAAAAUACUAUUUCCAUUCCAAAAGCCAUGAGAAAGAGAGUGAAGCCUUAUCACCAAGGGCAAGGGAUUGGCCUAGUAGAAGAUGUUCGCAUACAGGGAUGA